ACUACAGUACCCGUCGUGCCUCUCGGGUGACGUCAUGGCGCCGCAGGACGUCACCGGCUCACAUGUGUGGUCGGAGCUGCUCGGCGGAGGUUUGUUAGCAACGUCUGGCUAAAGGAGCUAAAUGUGGAGGCGACGUCCCUUCAGAAACGGCACAUUGGAAUAAACAUCGGCUGGUUGAACGCAGGUGAACCGGAGCCAACAUGCCCCCGAAGAAGCCCGUCCCUGUCGCGGGAAACAAGAAGACCCAGGAGAAGAAGAAGGAAAAGAUCAUUGAGGACAAGACAUUUGGCUUGAAGAACAAGAAGGGGGCCAAACAGCAGAAGUUCAUCAAGAAUGUUACUCAGCAAGUGAAACAUGGACAACAGGGUGCAAAGACGGAGGGAGAUAAAACCACCAAGAAAGCUGAUAAGAAGAAAGAUUUGGACGAACUCAACGAGCUGUUUAAACCUGUAGUCGCUGCCCAGAAAGUCAGCAAAGGUGUCGACCCGAAGUCAGUGCUGUGUGCGUUCUUCAAGCAGGGUCAGUGCACUAAAGGCGACAAAUGCAAGUUCAGCCACGACCUGUCGAUGGAGAGGAAAUGUGAGAAGAGAAGCCUCUACGUGGAUGAAAGAGAUGAAGACCUCGAGAAAGAUACGAUGGAUAACUGGGAUGAGAAGAAGCUGGAGGAGGUGGUCAACAAAAAACACGGAGAAGCUGAGAAGAAAAAGUCCAAAACACAUAUUGUGUGUAAAUACUUCUUGGACGCCAUAGAGAACAAUAAGUACGGAUGGUUCUGGAUGUGCCCUGGAGGCGGCGGCGAAUGCAUGUACCGACAUGCCCUGCCGCCCGGCUUCGUCCUGAAGAAAGACAAGAAGAAGGAGGAGAAAGAGGAGGAAAUUUCGUUGGAAGAACUGGUAGAAAAUGAGCGAGCAGCUCUGGGUCCCAACGUGACUCGAAUCACCCUGGAGACUUUCCUGGCCUGGAAGAAGAGGAAAAGGCAGGAGAAGGUGGACAAAGCGAGGGAGGAGAUGGAGAAGAAGAAGGCUGACUUCAAGGCUGGAAAAUCACUCAUAGUGAGUGGACGUGAGGUGUUCGAGUUCCAUCCAGAGCUGGUUGACGAUGACGAUGCUGAGGCCGAUGACACUCGAUACGCCAGCGACGACGAGGAAGAUGAUCAGGAAGAGAUUGAUACCUCACAGAUCCAGGACAUAGACUUAUCUCGUUUUGUUCCGCAAGAGGUCGACAACACAGGCAUUACCGUGGCAGCCACGGACCGUUUCACCUCUCGGAGUAAGCUGGAACCAACAGAAGAGGACACCAAGGAGCAGCUGAACGAAGCUUGUGGCGGUGCCGAGGCCAAUGGUCUUUCGGGCGCAGAGGGGGGAGGGGAGGAUGAAGAAGAAGAGGAGGAGGAGGAAGAGGAGGUACCGGUGGAUGAGAACCUGUUCACGGGUGAAGACCUGGAGGAGCUUGACGAGGAACUCAACACACUGGCCCUGGAGGACUGAGCGGCAGCGCGUGAGGUGGAGGUUGGGAAGGACUAUGUGUCACAGGGACGGACUGAUGGAUGCAUGGAGCUACACAACAAAGAGACCAGAUGUUUGAAUGAUUUUAACAUUUCAGAGACUCCAAUAAUAAAGCCUGAUCAUAUCAUGACAUCACUGCCCGUCUCCGCCCCGUUUUCUCUAUCGCCCCUUUCGCAUCCCUCUGCCUCCCAGACGUUCUGUCCACCGGGUGUCCAAAUUUUCACAGCAGGGCCAAUCAGCAUCAACCAGGGCCAACUCCACAUGAAUGUCGCCUGUGUCCGUUUCUACCAUCAGAAUUGGGCUGCUGCUGUUGUUGUGCAGUUUCUGUUGCUCGACGUUAAACUGAACUUUUGAUGAAUGAGGCUUCGAGCACAUCUCAAGCUGAUCAGAUAAAUAGUUAAUCCGCUGAGUUUGAAUAUAAGGGUUUGAAAAUGAAAGCAUCACGACUGAGAGCAAAACAGCUUCAAUAAAGUUAGUAUCAUUACCGAUGGAUGUCGAGAGAGAGCUCGUGUCAAAUGAAUCUGUUCACGGCGUCACCGGCUCUCGUACCAAAAUAAAAGCUGUAGUUCAAGCACUUUCAUUCUAAUUCUGGUGGAGAUUGUUUUUCCACUAAUUGAUUUUGCUGAGGUUACAGCUCUUUUGAAUUUUUAUUUGAAGGAAAAGUUCAGACAUAGCUUCUAAACUAGCGGCUGUUUCUUCUGAGAGCAGAUUAAUGUGAUAAACCAAAAGAUCCCAUCACCAUCCUGGUUUGUAAAUAUUGUUCUCAUGAGUUUCCUCCUGAAGAAAUAAAAGAUUACUGUACAUCCA